AUGUCCGUCAUGGAGGAACAACAACAGUAUCGCCCGUACUAUCCCUCAUCCCAGCAACAACCCCCCUCACAACCACCGCAAUCGCAACCGCCACCGCAGCAGCGCCCGCGAGCCCAGUCGCACUUCAGCUUCAAGAGCAACAAGAGCGGAAGCUCGUCGACGCACGGGGGAGCGAAGUCGACGAAGGAACAUCUGAGGGAGACCGACGCGGAGAAGAGGAAGAACCGCAUCUCGCACACGACGAAGGCGAAUCCGAAUGCCGCUAUGAUGGAAAUGCAGCCUGUCGCAAGAGCGCUUGAAGCUUCCACACUUGGUGCGCUGCGAACCGGCACUCUCAAAGAUAUUCAUGGCAAUGUGAUCACGGAUCCCGACCGGUCAAAUCCGACACGAUCACGGAUGGAGCGUCCUCUCGAUACAAUUCGCGGUUUCGACGAACAAAUCGAGAAGAGCUGGUGGGAUAAGAGGCAGUCGAUGUAUGGGUCGAAUGGUAUGUUCGAACCAAAUGGCGACACAAAGACGGCUUUACGGAAGGGUCUCGGAGAACCAGAAGCUAAUCAGACAUCCAUAGGGUACGACCAAAACAAUAGCGGUAACAAUAGUCGGCGGAAUAGUCAAUUUGGAAUGGACAGCUACUCUCGCCAACCCGCCUACGGCUCUGGUUACUCCACCCCCGGCGGCUACUCCAAUUCCAACGCAGGCGGCUACUACCGCAACCGCGACUCCUACUACGACUCCUACUCCUCCCCACAACAGUACAACCCCCCUCCCCGCCGCCACUACCCCGGCCACCCCACCCCCCGACCCUACGGCGACAACGGCACCUCCCCCCACGAACGCACCCCCGAACCCGCCCUCUCCCGCUACAACCCUGCCCAAGGCAUCUACCCCAACCAAGGCUACCACCAAAGCCGCGAUACCGUCAACACUGGUGCCUCCGGCUCCGGCAGCGCCAGCGGCAGCCAAGGCUUGACGAGCAGCGAGCUGUGGCCCGGCAGCGCCGACACCAGCAUCGAGGACGGAAGCCUGGGCGCCGCCGCGGCAGCGAAGGACUCAGCGAACAUGGCCCCGGAUCCAUACUCCUACGAUGGCGUAACGCCGCCGCAGCUGCGCAAUCCCGUGGACGACCAGGGGUUCGGGACGGGGUGGGGAUACGGGUCACAGGGCGAGCAGCAGCCGACCCCGACACCGGCCGUGCAGAGCCCAUACCGCGAUAUGUCGCAGCAGUACAACGCGACGAACUUCCCCACUGACAGCGGCUACGGCAAUUCGAGCUACAACCACGCCGACCAACCGCCGCAGCCACCUCCGCAUCACUACCAGAGCCAACCCGCCUCGAACUACCCCUCCCCUCCGCACCAGCCGUACAGCAACGGCAACAGCAACGGCAGCAGCAACGGCGGCGCGAUCCAUCUCGGCGGCGGAAACGCGUACUCCGGAGCGAACAACGACGCGCCGCCGCCGCCGCCGCCGAAGAGCGGAAGGCUGCAGGCGGUGAGGUCGGGGGCGAGUCAAGGGUUGCAGACGAGCGGGAGCACGAAACGGAAGAGUUGGUUUAAGCGGCGGUUUUCGGGGAAGGGCUAA